AGUACUGAAAAUACAUAAUUUCUGUCACGUAUAUUGUAGAUUUUUAGUGUUGGUAGUGAAUAUCGGAACGCAGCCUGUAUUGUAUUAUUAUAAAGGAAGGAAAGAAAGAAGGAAGCUAUUUCAAACAGCGAUCGAGUGUUAUUUAUCUAUCGAGAGUUGCGAAUAGAUUUUUUGAAGGAAUUAUUAAAAACUUUCCUUUUUUACAAAACACAAGGAGCAAUAUGAAUUCAGCUGUAUUACCUCCUUCACCAAAUUGGUAUUUGAGCAAUAUCCUAGCUUGUUCAAAACGUAAAACUUUAGCAUGGGGUGCCAAGAAUUGUAUUGUUAUUGCCAAGCAAAAAGAGAAUGACCUAGCUUUGGAGUUUAAUAUAAUUCAGGAUGCUCAUAUAGACAGAGUAACCGCAUUGGCAUUUUGUCCUAAAUUUGAGCCAAAUAGUCCAGAAUUGAUAAUUUCUUGUGGUGAUGAUGAUAAAGCCAAGAUCUGGAAUAUAGAUCAGUUGGAGUUGUUCACAAUAUUUUCUUUUGCUGAUGAUAAGCCAAUUGUGGGUGUCGACUGGUCAAACAAAGAUAAUAAUCUUGCAUGUGCAGUGAAUUCACAAGGCUAUUUAUUGUCUUGUAAUACACAAUACCAAACUGCCAAGAAGAUAACUCUAGGCAAACUAAAAGCUACCUAUCUGGCUUGUUGUCCUCAUGAAGCUAAUCUUGUAGCAGUAGGCUCAAAAUGUGGAUUAAUUUAUAUUGUUAACUUGGAUAAUAACGGAUCAAUAUUAUAUAAACUGAGAGGACAUGAUGAUGAAGUAGUUAGUUUAUCUUGGUGUCCUUCAGAUGUCAAUGUGCUGUCUACAGAUUACACGAGAGAUCUUCUCUUAGCUUCAAGUGCAAAAGACAAAUCUGUGUUUAUCUGGAGAGCUGGUAAAGAUGGUAGAUGUGAAACUGUAAUAAAUUUGCCAAAUCUACCAGUUACUUCUCAGUCAUAUACAUCUCAGCCACAUAAGAGCAAACUCAGUACUACAUGUGGAGCUUGGAUUGCAGUGUGUUGGGCAGAGCCUAGAAUGCUUAUAACUAGUUCUGUUUGGGGUGAACUUCUUUCUUGGGAUCUUUCUGUGAAUAGUAAGAAAGUAAAGCAGCAUGAAUUACUUCAUACAUACCACAACAGAGGAUUAUUUUGCAUAGCCACUAUUCCUAAAUGCAAUGAAGUAUCCGAGAAUUGGAGGAAGGAUUCUGAGCUCACAAUUUGGACAUUAGCACAAGAUCGUUGGGUCGUGUGUUGUAGCAAACGAGAAAAUAAGCCUGCUGAACUUAAAUAUAAGAUACCUACGCAAGGAGGAUAUAUUUACUGCGUAGCAGCUUGUCCCAUUGAUACUUCACGUAUUGCAUUUGGCGUAGGGGAUAUGAUGCUUCGUUCGUGGAAUUUGUCCGAGCCUCAUGUAGCAACUUUUGAUGUUACCAUGUUUUGGCAGAAAAUAAAAGGGAAAUUAAGAGUGAUAGCAUGGCAGCCUGAAAAUGAACGUUUGUUAGCCUUUGGUACUUCAGAGGGUCGCGUUGGCUUAAUCGAUAUACUGAAAAAUGUACCAAUAUUGUUUAAACAAUAUCACAGAAAGGUUAUUUACAAGCUCGAAUGGGGCUCUGUGCCAAACAAAAGUGAUUUAGGUGUAUACUCUUGUUCAGAAGGUGAACUGGUAGUCUAUGAUGUAAAAAAUCCGAACAAAGGACCCAUGUCCAUAAUAAAAGAAGAAUGCACAGAGUUCUCGUGGAAACCCGAUAAUUUAAUGCUAGCGAUCGCAUUGGAAAAUGGUCGGAUUUUAUUCUAUGACCGAAAUCUUAAGAAAUGCGGCAAUAUGAUAUAUCUCUCUAAGAAAACGGUGAAUUGUCUAGUGUGGCAUCCCGAAAGUACAGCGGUGGAUACAUUAAGCUCGCCGAUGAAAGACUAUUUGGCGGUUGCCUCUGACUCGUCUACCAUAUUGAUCUACGAUAUCUCAGAUUUAAGAAAAGAAUUAGAAACUCAGGAAAAAAUCGUCGAUCUCACUGAAAAUGGGAACAAUGAACAACGCAAUAUGCAUAAGCUGGUAGCAACUUUAAACGGACACUCUGACAGAGUAGUGUGUUUAGCUUGGAGCCCACAUGUCACAGGAUACUUAGUGUCUGGCAGUUACGAUUGUACUGCACAAGUGUGGGAUGUUGAAAAACAAGAGUUGAUGGGUACGUAUGUGGGACAUAGUGGACCUGUACUAUGCUGCAUGUGGAGUCCCCUUAAACCGCAAUUAAUCAUCACUGGCUCGUCGGACUUUACGCUAAGUAUAUGGGAUUAUACAUUAUCCGAGCAAUCGCCGAAACCAUUUUCGGAGGAUAAAAAGAAGAAACCUAAAUAUAAGGCGCAAAAAUACAGAAUACAAAAUGUUCAAACAAUCACCUCAGAGGCGCAUAAUGAAACGCUCACAAAUAGUUCGAAGGGUUCAGUUAACCACUCUUCUGUUUCUAUAACUGAAAUAGUCGAAACAAAAUCUCAAUCAGAAUUGGUUAAGGAUAUGGGAAAGAAAAAAGAGAAAAAGCAAUCAUACUUCCCAAUAUAUAAUAAAAUGAUGAAUGAGAAACAUGCGGUUCUGAAUUGCAUAAAAAAUGACAUUAGGAAAAAUGAAAAGCAAGACUCCGAAUUGGAGAACAAAGAAAGCGAUUAUGAUAGUGUUACAUCAUCAUUGUUUUCUGGAAAGGAAGCUCUUCAGAUAAUUGUCGCUAAAGAAAAGCUCGGACAUACUUUGAAAUAUAAAAAUGAUACCAUAAUCGAGAUGGAUAUGUGGUGCAACAAUUUACAACAAAACAUAGAAUGCGCGAUCAAGGAGAAGCGACUGAAUGAUUUUUUAGUAUCGCUCUCAACUAGUCUUUCUGUAAAGACGUGGAGAGAAACAUGCGAGGCAUAUGCGCAUCAAUUAAUAAUGGAAGGCAAUGUGGAGAAGGCUGUAUCAUAUUUGCUUUGUGUACACAAAAUUUACGAAGCCAUAAAGGCAUUCGUAGACGCUCGAAUGUAUAAAGAAGCGUACGUACUUGCUAGAUUUAAACUUGCUGAUGAUGAUCCGACUCUGGCGGUGGUGUUGCAAUCUUGGGCACAUUACGCUACUACUGCCGGUCAGUUAGAGCAAGCAGCACACUGUUAUAUAAAAUUAGGUGAACUCAUCAAAGCAGCCAAGCUUCUCAGCCGACGAUAUGACCCAGAAUGUUUAGAAAUUGCAUCUCAAUUAGCGUUAAUGUCCGGUGACGUAGAAUUCAGUAUUUCCAUAGCUGAAGAUGCGAUGAUGCGUGCUCUUGUGAAGUUGGAUUAUUCGAAAGCACGUUUCGUUAUUGAGAAUAUUCAGGAGUUACAGCAUCUGAAGAUAUAUAUAGACGCUUACGAGUCACUAAUGUCCACGUACAAACAAGAAAAUCAGUGCGAUUCAGUGCAAAGAUGGAUAGCAGGAAAAUCGGACCACGGGGUGUUGCAAGAUCUUAAAGAGAGACACAAUGCCUCUCAUUACAAUGCUUUACAGCGCAGCAAUGCUUUUCUCACCCGUACUAUUACAAAUAAUUCUGAAAUGGAGCUAUUUUUACAUGCUAGUUAUCAAAUCGCUUUAGCGGCCACAUCCGACGUAAAAGAAACUCAGUUGAAACACAUCACAACAGCAUUAGAUUAUGUGUACCAAUAUCAGAUGAAAAAAGCAGAUAAAAUCAAGAAUACGGAUUUAGACCCCUUCAGCUAUAUUCUCAUAACAUUAGAUAUAAAGAAGCCAACGGGUGAAGAUAGCAUUUAUGCGAAAAGCAAUUAUUUCGUAUCAACAAGUAUACGCGCUUACUUGUGUGUCGGCCUCAUGAAUUGGGCAAUAAAUAUUUUGUCGCAGUUGUCAAUUGACGAAGAAAUUCAAUUUAUGAAGAUAAUAGAAACAUUACUAGAGGACGUCUUCAAUUUAGAAACAAGAGAUCAUAUGGAACGUAUUUUUAAAAUUGAGCAUAUGAAGCACGAAGUUCAGGCUCUCUUGUUUAACAAGGUGAACGGUACUUCCACCAUAGAAGAGGAUAAACUUUGCAAGUCGUAUGAACUUAUGAAACUUGACGUGAAAAAUUUUAUAGAAAAAAGAAUUUGCGUGCCGAAUCUUAAUAUCGCUCACAAACUUGUUCAUAAUUUGCAUAAAAUAUUGCGUGAUUGUGAAUACCAAACUCAAUUUUUUGAAGUUUUGCAUAAAUAUAGAGAAUAUACAUAUAAUGAAACACAUAGCGAUACAUCUAGUGAAACAGAAGAAGAAAAAAUAAAUCUGUAUGUGUGAUAUUUUUUAUAAACG